CUCCUGAGUCCGUCCAACUUGCCCAUCAGCCUGGACAGCUUUUGGUUCCUGGCACAGAGCUGGCUUAUGGAAGGGGCAUAGCCAGUGCUGGAGGCACCCAGGAUCUGGCGCUGCUGGGAGGCCUGGGGUGGCGAGGCAUGAGGGGUAACAUGGGGGCCCAGUGAGUUCUGAGGCUGGUGGCCGCUCAGAUGGGGCAUCCUGGGAGCUGUCUGCAGGCGGGUCCCAGUGACCACAGAGCUCCCCUGAGAGCCUCGGCCUGGGGAGUGCAGGAGGCCCGGGACAGGCGGCCCGCGGGGGCGAGGACGCGGGAGUCGAUCAACACACCGCGAAGCGGGGCGGCCGACGGAGUCGACCCCGCGUGCCGGGCGCCCCUCCUCGUCCCCGCGGGCGCGUCCCUCUCCAGGCUGGCGGCGGGCGCGCGGGGCCUGGGGCGCGGGCCGGGGGGGGGUCGGCGUGGGUCGUGGCCCGGAAAGCGGGCCGGCGCUGGGAUCCCCCCGGCGGCGCGCGAUGUCUGCGGCCCCUCCCGGGCCCGCACGUCCCCGGGGCCCCUCCCGGCGCGGGCCGCCGCCUCCCUCCGCCCUCCGCGCCCGCCUCCCCGCGUCCCCGCGGGCGGGAGGCGGCCGGGGCCGGGCGGGGCCGCGCCAACGAGCCCACUGCCCGCGGCCGCCGCUGCACCUCGCGGGAGGAGCGGCCCGCGAGGCGCGCGGGGCAUGAAGUUGGGAGCGCGCGGGCCCGGGAGCGGCGCCGCGGUGGAGCCGGGAGCCGCCCGCGUCUAGAGCCCGCUCGGCGCGCCAUGGAGCUCGGAGUCCCGGGGGCGCCGCCGCCGCCGCUGCGGCCGUUGCUGCUGCUGCUGGGGGUCGGCCUCCUGCCCGUGAGCAGCCACGUGGAGACCCGGGCCCACGCAGAGGAACGGCUGCUGAAGAAACUCUUCUCUGGCUACAACAAGUGGUCCCGGCCCGUGGCCAACAUCUCGGACGUGGUCCUGGUCCACUUCGGCCUGUCCAUCGCACAGCUCAUUGAUGUGGACGAGAAGAACCAGAUGAUGACAACCAACGUGUGGGUGAAGCAGGAGUGGCAUGACUACAAGCUGCGCUGGGACCCUGCUGACUAUGAGAAUGUGACCUCCAUCCGCAUCCCCUCUGAGCUCAUCUGGCGGCCGGACAUCGUCCUCUACAACAACGCGGACGGGGACUUUGCCGUCACCCACCUGACCAGGGCCCACCUCUUCCACGACGGGCGGGUCCAGUGGACGCCCCCCGCCAUCUACAAGAGCUCCUGCAGCAUCGACGUCACCUUCUUCCCCUUCGACCAGCAGAGCUGCACCAUGAAGUUUGGGUCCUGGACGUACGACAAGGCCAAGAUCGACCUGGUGAGCAUGCACAGCCGCGUGGACCAGCUGGACUUCUGGGAGAGCGGCGAGUGGCUCAUCGUGGACGCCGUGGGCACCUACAACACCCGCAAGUACGAGUGCUGCGCCGAGGUCUACCCGGACAUCACCUACGCCUUCGUCAUCCGGCGCCUGCCGCUCUUCUACACCAUCAACCUCAUCAUCCCCUGCCUGCUCAUCUCCUGCCUCACCGUGCUCGUCUUCUACCUGCCGUCCGAGUGCGGCGAGAAGAUCACGCUGUGCAUCUCCGUGCUGCUCUCGCUCACUGUCUUCCUGCUCCUCAUCACCGAGAUCAUCCCGUCCACCUCGCUGGUCAUCCCGCUCAUCGGCGAGUACCUGCUCUUCACCAUGAUCUUCAUCACCCUCUCCAUCGUCAUCACCGUGUUUGUGCUCAACGUGCACCACCGCUCACCGCGCACACACACCAUGCCCGCCUGGGUGCGCCGCGUCUUCCUGGACAUCGUGCCGCGCCUGCUCUUCAUGAAACGGCCAUGCGUGGUCAAAGACAACUGCCGGCGGCUCAUCGAGUCCAUGCACAAGAUGGCAAGUGCCCCGCGCUUCGGGCCCGAGCCCGAGGGGGCGCCCAGCAUCAGAGGCAGGGCCCAGAGCCGGGGCCCCUCGCCCUCCCCAUCCUUCUGUGGCCCUGUGGACGAGGCUGUCAAGCCCCAGCCAGCCUGCAAGCUGCCCCUAGACCAGGUUCCUGCUCUACAGCCCUCAGAAGCCGGGAAAGCCAGCCCCUGCCGCCCACCCACUGGUGCCCGGGCCCCAGGGCUGGCCAAAGCCCGGGCCCUGAGUGUCCAGCACAUGUCCAGCCCUGGUGAAGCCGUGGAGGGCAGUGUCCGGUGCCGGUCUCGGAGUGUCCAGUACUGCAUUCCCCGAGAUGAUGCCACCUCCCAGGCUGAGGGCCCCACGGCUGGCUCUCCUGUCUCCCAGGUCUGCUCGGUCGAGCUCGCGCCACCAGACCAGCCCCCUCCAUGCACAUGUGAGUGCAAGAUGGAACCAUCUGUGGCGUCCCCGAACGCCGUGCCCAAAGCCUGCAGCACCAAGGCCCUGCCCCGGCACCUGCCCCUGUCUCCAGCCCUGACGCGGGCGGUCGAGGGCGUCCAGUACAUCGCAGACCACCUGAAGGCGGAAGACACAGACUUCUCGGUGAAGGAGGAUUGGAAAUACGUGGCCAUGGUCAUCGACCGCAUUUUCCUCUGGGUGUUUGUCAUCGUCUGCCUGCUGGGCACUGCGGGCCUCUUCCUGCCACCCUGGCUGGCCGGCAUGAUCUAGGCAGCGGGGGAACAUGCACCUGCCAGACCCAGGUGGUGUCUACGGGCAGCUCACUGGGGGUCUGUGCCUGGCUCUCCGCAGGACUCUCUGGGGCCUAAGGGUCACACCGUUUGCCAAAUAGUCCCUCUGUGCUGUGUCUAUUGUGAGAUGGCCUCGGAAAGGGCUGCUGCCUCCUGAGAGCUGGUGCAGGCUCAGUCUGGCUGGGACCUACCUAGGAGGCAGCCGGCCUGGAAAGGAGUGGCUGGUAAAUGCCUGUUCUUGUCCAUAGGGUGGUGUCAACCACCUGAGUCUUAUAAAGUUUAUCUGGAGCAUGGUGACACAUUGGCUUCCUGCCCAGGAUGCGCAUCUGACCACUCUCAGUGCAACAUCUCAGCAGUGUGACUGUUCCUGAGGGCCGCGACCUUCAGCUCUCUCAGCCCCAAGUGCCCCUCAUCCCUGGGAUCCCUGAGCCCAGGCGCCUGAGCCAGGGGCCUGGCCACCUCUCCCUCCCCAGGCUUGGGGGGACUGCCCCCCUAGGGUUGUCAGACCUGCUCUCCUUCACCCCAUA